AUGACUGAUCUUACUCCCCUCCUCAACGAACUCUUAAAGAGCCAUGAUGCUCCCCCAACCGCGAAACCUUCUCUCACUCUACAGAAUAUUGACGAGUUCCUAAAGGAGGCCUAUAGAAUUAAUUCACACAUAGCAUCCCUAAAUGUUUACCUUCGCAAAAUCCGACAAUCAUACCUGUCCACGGCUGUCCCCCCACGACGGGCGAACUUGUCUGCGAAGGACAGCAAAUGGAAAUACCUGACAGACCGGCAAAGAGAAGAGAUAGACGCUGAGACGAAACAGUUACUUCGGGAAUUGAACGCCAGCAUACGGAAUCUGGCAGAUGCGGAACAGUUGCGACAGAAUACAGAAACUACAGUAACACGGAGGAAAUAUGCGAAAUUGAGCUUAGGAGCUCUAGGAAAAUGGGCAGCUGGGGGAGCUGGGCAGUCCAAAUCCUCAGAACAAGAGCUGGAAGAAUCCAGAGCGAAUGCGAUCAGUAACCACCGAGAGAGCGUCAUAUGGUACUUGCGACAGAAGUUGCAAGAAUGCGGGAGCUUCCAGGCUACAAUGAUGGAGAAGAGGAUAUUGCGAGAGAUGGAGAAGAGACGGAGCGUGCUGGCCAAUUCUGAUAUGGAUCUAAUGCCCGACAUACUUGAACCGUCACCCAUAAGUCCUUCGACUUACCAGACUUAUCAAGGUGUGCCUGCACAUAUGGACACGCAGCCGCAAUACCAGCAGGAGGAACUAUCGGCUGAACAGAUUCAAAUAUUUGAAAAGGAGAACCAAGAUAUGCUAAAACACUAUGAGAGCACAUUAGAUCAAGUUAGAACGGCGGAGAGGUCCUUGGUGGAAAUCUCGGAACUCCAAACGCAACUCGUAUCCAACCUUGCUGCGCAAUCAGAGAAUAUCGAAUUAUUAGAACAGGAUUCCAUCAAUACCACGGAAAACGUCGGCGGUGGAAACAAGCAAUUAAAGAAAGCCGCGGAGCGAAAAAGCACGGCGAAAUACGUGUUUUAUGCCUCGUGCGGGUUGAGCCUUUUCCUGAUCGUGUGGGAUCUGGUGAUUUAG